AUGGAGGGGUAUUGGGACGUUGUGGUGUCGUCGCUUCAAGACACUUGCAAUGCAAAUGAGGCCAACUCUUUUGAUCCCCUAGAGCUGGCGCCAGCUGAGGGAAAGGAUGCGAAAUUGCAAAAUCGAGAUAUCGUGGUAAAGCAUAAGGAGAACUUGGAGAAAACGAAACGCAUUUUGGAUACCGCCUUGAUCAAUGUGAACGGCUUACUAUCGCAGGCUAAAGUGGGCGGGCACGAGGCUGAUGAUGGAUCAGUUGGGAGACGCAACAAGCUCAAAUCACAGAAAUUUGGUCGAUCGUAUUACCAGUCGCCGUAUAAUCCUUCAGAGCCUGUUGUUGUAGGGUCGGAGGUCGCCUUCAAGCCAAAACAGAAAGGAGCAGAGUGGAUUCAGUGUGAGGUCCUGAAGGUUCUGAACGAAAUUAAGUUUGAGGUCAAAGACCCAGAACCUGAUGAAAACAACCCAAAUGGACAGAUCUUCAAGUGUACCUGGAAAGAAAUCAUCCUUAUGCCCACCACGGAAGAUCUGGCGUCUCUCAAAAACUACCCGGUUGGCUAUAGAGUUCUUGCACGAUAUCCGGAAACGACGACAUUCUAUCCUGCUGAGGUUAUUGGAUUUAAGAAGGACGGAACUUGUCGUUUGAAGUUUGAGGGAGAAGAAGAGGUCGGUAAAGAAACAGAAGUUGAGAGAAAGUUGGUGCUGCCUUUCCCGGGCUAG